GUUGAGAGGACGGUAGGCGGCGGAUGGGAGAGCUGGCGCAGCUGCUGUAGUGGCAGCUGCUGAAGUGGCGGCGGCUGCUGAAGUGGCGGCGGCUGCAACAGCUUCGGGCUCGGGGUUUUGGCGGCGGCACCGGCGGGCUGGGCUGCGCGGUGCGGACCCCGGCGCGCGGUCCGGGUUGCUGGGGCGGCGCGUAAGAUGCCUCUGAUGGAGGAGUUUCUGAGAAGCACCUCUGGCCCAGUGGCUUUGAAAGGGAAUUCAAACCAGAGACUAUCUAAAGCCCUGGACAUCGCAUCUUGAGGGCUGCCAAAGAGGAGAACAUGGCUGUGAGUUUGGAUGACGACGUGCCCCUCAUCCUGACCUUGGACGAGGGUGGCAGCGCCCCACUGGCUCCCUCCAAUGGCCUGGGCCAAGAGGAGCUGCCUAGCAAAAAUGGGGGCAGCUGUGCCAUCCACGACUCCCAGGCCCCCAGUCUGAGCUCUGGGGGCCAGAGUUCUCCCUCCAGCCCCACCGGACACAACUGGGAGAUGAAUUAUCAAGAGGCAGCGAUCUACCUCCAGGAAGGCGAGAACAACGACAAGUUCUUCACCCACCCCAAGGAUGGCAGGGCGCUGGCAGCCUACCUCUUUGCACACAACCACCUCUUCUACCUGAUGGAGCUGGCCACGGCCCUGCUGCUGCUGCUGCUCUCCCUGUGCGAGGCCCCCGCCGUCCCUGCACUCCGGCUCGGCAUUUAUGUUCACGCCACCCUGGAGCUGUUCGCCCUGAUGGUAGUGGUAUUUGAACUCUGCAUGAAGCUGCGCUGGCUGGGCCUCCACACCUUCAUCCGGCACAAACGGACCAUGGUCAAGACCUUGGUGCUGGUGGUGCAGUUCGUUGAGGCCAUCGUGGUGUUGGUACGGCAGACGUCCCAUGUGCGAGUCACCCGGGCACUGCGCUGCAUUUUCCUGGUGGACUGUCGGUACUGCGGUGGCGUCCGGCGCAACCUGCGGCAGAUCUUCCAGUCUCUGCCGCCCUUCAUGGACAUCCUCCUGCUGCUGCUCUUCUUCAUGAUCAUCUUCGCCAUCCUCGGUUUCUACUUGUUCUCCCCUAAUCCUUCAGACCCUUACUUCAGCACCCUGGAGAACAGCAUCGUCAGUCUGUUUGUCCUUCUGACCACAGCCAAUUUCCCAGAUGUGAUGAUGCCGUCCUACUCCCGGAACCCCUGGUCCUGUGUCUUCUUCAUCGUGUACCUCUCCAUCGAGCUGUACUUCAUCAUGAACCUGCUUCUAGCCGUGGUAUUCGACACCUUCAACGACAUUGAGAAACGCAAGUUCAAGUCCUUGCUACUACACAAGCGAACCGCCAUCCAGCACGCCUACCGCCUGCUUGUCAGCCAGCAGAGGCCUGCCGGCAUCUCCUACAGGCACUUUGAAGGCCUGAUGCGCUUCUACAAGCCCCGGAUGAGCGCUAGGGAGCGCUAUCUUACUUUUAAGGCCCUGAACCAGAACAGUACUCCCCUGCUCAGCCUUAAGGACUUUUAUGAUAUCUACGAGGUUGCUGCCUUGAAGUGGAAGGCAAAGAGAAACAGAGAGCACUGGUUUGAUGAGCUUCCCAGGACAGCAUUCCUCAUCUUCAAAGGCAUUAAUAUCCUUGUGAAGUCCAAGACCUUCCAGUAUUUCAUGUACUUGGUGGUGGCAGUCAACGGGGUCUGGAUCCUUGUGGAGACGUUUAUGCUGAAAGGUGGGAACUUCUUCUCCAAGCACGUGCCCUGGAGUUAUCUCGUCUUUCUCACUAUCUACGGGGUGGAGCUCUUCCUGAAAGUGGCCGGCCUGGGCCCCGUGGAAUACCUGUCCUCUGGAUGGAACCUGUUCGACUUCUCUGUCACGGUGUUUGCCUUCCUGGGACUGUUGGCUCUGGCCCUCAACAUGGAGCCCUUCUACUUCAUAGUGGUCCUGCGUCCCCUCCAGUUGCUGAGGUUGUUUAAGCUGAAAAAGCGUUACCGCAACGUGCUGGACACCAUGUUUGAGCUGCUGCCCCGGAUGGCCAGCCUGGGCCUCACCCUGCUCAUCUUCUACUACUCCUUUGCCAUCGCGGGCAUGGAGUUCUUCUGUGGAAUCCUCUACCCCAACUGCUGCAAUACGAGUACCGUGGCAGAUGCCUACCGCUGGCUCAAUCACACCAUGGGCAACAAGACUGUCGUGGAGGAAGGCUACUACUAUCUCAAUAACUUUGACAACAUCCUCAACAGCUUCGUGACCUUGUUCGAGCUCACGGUUGUCAACAACUGGUACAUCAUCAUGGAAGGCGUCACCUCCCAGACCUCCCACUGGAGCCGUCUCUACUUCAUGACCUUUUACAUCGUGACCAUGGUGGUGAUGACAAUCAUCGUCGCCUUCAUCCUCGAAGCCUUCGUCUUCCGGAUGAACUACAGCCGGAAGAACCAGGACUCGGAAGUUGACAGUGGCAUCACCCUUGAGAAGGAAAUCUCCAAAGAAGAGCUGAUCGCUGUCCUGGAGCUCUACCGGGAGGUGUGGGGGGCCUCCUCCGACGUCAGCCGGCUGCUGGAGACCCUCUCCCAGAUAGAGAGAUGCCAGCAAAGUUCCAUGGUGUUUCUGGGACGGCGAUCAAGGACCAAAAGCGACCUGAGCCUGAAGAUGUACCAGGAGGAGAUCCAGGAGUGGUACGAGGAACACGCCCGUGAGCAGGAGCAGCAGCGGCUCCGCGGCACCACCCCCGCCGCCCUGCCACCCCCCGGCAGCCGCCAGCGCUCCCAGACCAUCACCUAGCCCCAGUGCGAAGCCGGCUCUUCUAUGCAAUAACACAGUAGCAUUA